AACAACUGCAGAUGUUGAGGUGAAUACCAAAUGUGUCGUGUAAACCUGUGAUAUAGGGUACAAAAACGUUAAACGUUGAAAUCUUGCAUGUAGAAUUCGUCCAUAAUUAUACAUAAAGAGAUGCAUGAUAAAAUCAAGUGCAUGGGUUAGCAGUUUAAUAUAAAUACAUGCGAAAAAUGAAGAGUUUGACUCCCCCAUAUUACUACGGAGGCGGCGGUCGAAAGCAUAGCGGAAGAGGAGGGGCCCCUGGUGGACGAGGGGCAGGGGGUUCGAGACCAUGCAGCAAGAGAAAGUCCAGUGAGCUUUCAUCAUCAUUAGGACCAGGUCUUCCAGCUCUGCCCAACGGUGGGCAGGGCAUCAGCGGUGUUGCGCGUUACACUCUUCAGCAACUUAUUAUCACUACUGAAGUCCUGGUUCCAAGUACGACCUUCAGCGGAGUUGGGUCGAGAGGACGCGGCCGUCGGCUUCACUCGUCUCAGCGUGGUGGGGUCCCUAUGCUGCCUAUGCUGAGUGCAAUGAACGGUUCCGGAGAACAGCCGAAUUAUGGCGUCGGCAGCUCCAGUCAUUCAGGGACGCCUCUGAGAGACCCGUCAGCCGAGUUCAGGCUGAGAAUGAGGCCCCUGACUCAGCCGAGGAAGUAUGGGGCGGUACCUGCUCCAGCAGGGGAUGGAACCAGUCCUUGGGAUCAUAGUCAACUUCUACAGCGCCGGAGAACCAGAAUUCAGAAAGCAAAGCGUUUUCAUAAGCGUCGCCGCGCUGAAUUCGCCAAGUUAGUCAUGAAUUCAUGUAAGAAGCUUCGAGCGACCCACAGACCAAGCCAACCUGAUCUAGCCAACAUCCUCUUAAGUAGGUUACCUUCGACACUGAAGACAAAGUACUACCGCAUCCUUCAAGAUUUGUUUCAGGAGCUCAGGCAAAGAGAAGUCCGUCCUGUCCGUAUGAAACCGCUGGGAACAUAUGAAAGGUAUGUUGUCCCAGGAGUAGAUCGUGUCCCUUGGGUUGGCAAGGAACGACGGGCCCUAAGCAGAGCCAUGGCGAGUUUCCCCCCAGCGGUUAGGACUGUCAUGUCACACGCCCUGAGGCCCUUGGAGACACUCACUCUCGUCGACGUGAAUGAUGGCGGGGGACUGGUCAGCAGUGGAGAAGGCGUUGAGCUGAGUGUCCUGAUCACAAGAUGGCGCGCGGCUUCAAGAGCUGGUAGAACUCAUCUCCGUUCCUCGUGGUUCUCUGACUCUGUUUCAGCCAUAAGAGAAGCGGCAAUUGCAACGAACCUCUCUCCAUCUCGAAGGCAUGCCGUUAUGCAUGCUUUUAACAAUCUUUUGGCAUCAAAGCUUCAGGAAGUGCUUAUAAGAAGUGUUGAGUCUGUCCUGAAAUGGUUAGGCAGUGAGGAGGAACCUUGGGUGGGGCCUAGGCUGAAACUUUACUUGGUUUUGGAAAAUGACAAAGUUACCUUGCAGCCCAAUGAAUCUGAACUGUUUUCUGCAUUUAUGGAUCUUUUCAAGGAGUUGGAUGAAUGCGUCCAGUUAUAUCGCGGUACCUGGGAAGAACCACAGCCUCCAAAAAUACCAAAGUGGCGUCAAAAAGCUGCAGCUGAUGGUACUUCAGAAGGAUCGGGUGAAGCAACACCGUUGUUAAGACCUCUUGAGCCGAAACGGGAAACCCUAGUGGUUACCCUUUCUGAGCCCCAGUGGGAGGGCUUCAGAACCUCCCUUUCUAACAGUAUUGCUCAACGAUUCAAAGAUGCUGCCGAAUUUAUCUCUCAGAUAAUGUCAGAAUGGUCAUCCGUUUUGUCUGGUGAAGUAAAACAGGAGGUCAAUGACUUUCUUAGUGAAGAUGCAGAGUUACAUGAAUAUGCAGGGAAAAUUACCCACUAUUCAAAGUAUGUUGAACAGGCCAGCCAUGUUCCCACAUCAGGUACAUUACAUGUAUUCAGACUAGAAUAUAAAUUUCUUCGUCAGUCUCUCUUGUCUGUUUCUGGAACGUUUGUGUCUGUUUUAAGGAAUCAGCUCAUCGUUCAACACAGGGACACAGUUCAAGGGUUAAACACCCAGUUUGAAACUAUUCACUCAAGGAUCCAAGAGACUCCAGUCUCCACAGAGCAGCUCUUCAAGUUAAUGGAAUAUGUGGAGGAAGUGCGGAGGAUUUCUAUUCAUCGGUUGGCAGAAGAAGUGGCAGAAAUGGUAGUCAGGCUCAAGGCAAUUUUGGACGUGGUGCACUUAACUGAUGAUGACCUGGCCACAACUGCAGCAGUCAUUGUAUGGCCAGCGAAACUCAAACCAGUUAUUGAACGAGCUGUUGAGUCUCUUGAGGAUUAUAAGCAAGAAUUUGAAGAGACCCUGUUGGAAAGGUCAGGUGAGGUCAAUCAUACUUUGGAGCGAAUUCAGCAGUUUGUCACCGAAUUAGAAGAACUUUCUGAUGUUGCUCAUGUCAGCAAGUAUAUUAGGGAGGUGAAGAAAUUAGAGGGUCGUCUGGAGGGAGUCAGUACUCUUGUGACAUGGGUCAACCAAGAGGAAGCCCUUUUCAAGUUUCCAGUCUCAUCAUUCCCUCUUCUAGCAGAACUUAAGGAUUGUUUGGUGCCCUAUGAGGAACUAUUUACGUUGGUGAUGAAAUGGCGAAAGUAUGAAAAACAUUGGAUGGAUGGUGAUUUCACCAGCCUUGAUCCAGACUUCAUUGACGUUGAGACUGAGGACUUGGCCAGGGAAUUGUUCCGCCUUCGCAAAGCUUUCAAGACCAAGUUCAAGCAGCAGGCACUCGACGGUGAUCCUCGAAAGGCCCGCAUGAACUUGGAUGAUCCAAAUCCUGACAACUUGCCCGGUCCCUUGAGGGUCUGCGCUCUUGCGAUGCAGCAGAUCAAAGACUUCAAGGAGCACUUGCCUCUCGUUGCCGUUUUGUGCAACAAGGGACUGAGAGCGAGACACUGGGAGAGCCUUAACAAAGCUGCUGGCUUUGACAUCACACCCAAUGCUGGAACAAGUUUACGAAAAGUUGUGCAGAUGGAGCUGGGUGGUUUGUUGAAAGAGUUUGAAGUAGUCAGCUGUGGUGCAUCAAGGGAAUACAGUCUGGAGCUCUCCUUGGCCAACAUGAGACAUGCUUGGCAGACCACUCAUCUUGUUAAGGCACCUCACCCAGAAGUGGAAGUGGACAUUCUGGCAGGACUGGAUGAAGCCAGGGAAUUAGUGGAGGACCAUCUCAUCACAACACACACCAUCAAGAACUCACCUUUUGUUGGACCGUUCGUUGACGAUGUGAAGAAAUGGGAAGCCGUAUUGAAGAGGGUGCAAGAGGCUCUCACUCUUUGGAUGAAGGUGCAAACUGUCUGGGUUGAGAUGACACCCAUCUUCUCUACACCUGACCUGCCUUUACAGUUACCGGAUGAGAACCAAGUGUUUUUGGAGGUUCAUGAGAAGUGGAUGGCAGUGAUGGAACAGACGGUACAGGCUGAGCACCUGUUGGCUGUAGUUAUAGAUGCUGAUGUCUUGGCCAGCGUCAUAGAAUGUGUGAAUAACAUCGACAUCCUGCAAAAAGCUGUUCAUACUUAUCUAGAUAAUAAACGUCGAGUAUUCCCCAGGCUAUACUUCUUAUCAAACGAGGAGCUGACAGCUCUCCUGUGCGAGAAGGAUGUUAAUCAGCUGGAGAAGCACUUGAGGAAGUGCUUUAAUGGCGUCCAUUCCCUGCAUCUGGAUGAUCAACAGUCCAUAUAUGCCAUCUCAAGCAUCGAAAGCGAAGUAGUACUACUCGGUAAGAAAGUUCCGACUAAACACGCCAGGGACAGCAUCGAACACUGGUUGCUGGAGUUCCAAGGAGCAGUGACUGAUACUCUCAAGGGCAAGACCAGGUCAGGGGUGGAGAAAUGGACCCGGAGGGGAGGCGGAGGGACCGAUGUUGACUCUCUUCUCCCGUCUUGGCCUCUUCAGGUGACCCUAGCAGUUCGACACAUCUUUUGGACUGCCGAAGUCCAGCAAGCUAUUGGAGGAGGGACACAGGCCCUUCAGGAGUGCUUAACAAGGGUAGAGGCUGAAGUACGAAUGAUCAUGGUGGCCCUCCGCAGAACCACCUUAGACAGCAGUCGACACUCUGUGAGCACUCCACACACUCCGGUAACUCCGACAACGCCUCCAUCCUCCGGCAGAAAAACGAGCAGCAGGCGAAGCAGUAGAGUGAGUCUAGCUUCCACUCUUCCUUCUUGCCCAACUCGCCACUCUCUCUCGACCCUCAUGCUGGUUGCUGUCCACAGCAGAGAGAUCAUCAAAGACCUCAUCAGGAAAGGCGUUGCCAGUGAGGAAGCAUUCACCUGGUUAUCUCAUCUAAGGUACUAUAUGGCUGAUGGGGAGGUUGAAGCCCGAAUGCUUUAUUGUCCGCUUCCCUGGGGCUGGGAGUAUGUUGGCGCUGAAGGUCGGCUUGUUGUCACUCCGCUCACUACUCGCGCCCAUCACGCCCUUGUCACCGCGUACAACUCACAUUUAGGAGGUGCCCCUGAAGGACCAGCUGGCACCGGCAAAACUGAAACCGUCAAGGAUCUCGCUCGUUCUUUAUCAAUGAAUUGCCUGGUAUUCAACUGCUCCGAUGACCUCGAUUACAUAUCAAUGGGGAAGUUCUUUACUGGAGUUGCAGCUGAUGGCAGUUGGGUUUGCUUUGAUGAAUUCAACACGCUUGAUGUCGGUGUGCUGAGUGUGGCUGCUCAGCAGAUUCUGCGGGUGGUCAGUGCUAGGAGAGAAGGAUGCCAUACUUUCACAAUGGAAGGCGCCCGGCCCUUACCUCUAAAUCACCGUGGCUUUAUUGCCGUUACCAUGAACCCUAAGUACCGAGGUCGCGUUGCCCUACCCGACAAUUUGAAGCUUCUUCUUCGUCCGGUAUCGAUGUUGGUGGCGGACUACCACUCGAUUGCCGAGGUCUCCCUCCUUUCUUGCGGAUUCUUGCACGCACGCGCGUUAGCUUCCAGGAUUGUGAACGUCAUGUCAGCUUGUCGAAACAUGCUUCAUCCUCAUUAUCAUUAUGAUUUUGGAAUGCGUGCAGUGAAGACUGUGUUACUGGCAACAGCUAGACUUAGGAUCACCCAGGUAGAAUGGUCUGAAACGGAAGUGGUCUUGAGAGCGCUGAGGGAAGUCAAUCAACCAAAACUUGUCGCUGAAGAUAAUAAGAGAUUCGAAGAUAUCAUGGGAGACUAUUUUCUUGAAUUGCCGUCCACUCCGAGACCUCCUAAUGCUACGCUGUCUCAGUAUAUUGAGAAGGUAUGUGCUAAGGAGGGGCUGAAGGUGACCAAAGACAUGAUGGCAAAGACAUUGCAGCUCUACGAGACUCUCAGAGAACGCCAUGGUGCCAUGGUGGUAGGACCUCCGUGCUCUGCAAAGUCAACCAUCAUAAGGAUUUUAGCCACCGUCCUGAGCCAGUUGGAGAGUGAUCGACCAAUUAACUUGGAAAUUCUUAAUCCAAAGACAAUGAAUCAAGCUCAGUUAAUCGGAUUUCUUCAUCCUGGAACCAGGGAAUGGUCAGAUGGUCUAGUUACCCAGUUUAUCAGAGAAGCGCACUUUCGCCGGAGUUGGCUGGUAUUUGAUGGCCCGACCGAUGCUUCGUGGGUAGAGAGCUUCAACACAGCCCUAGAUGAUUCAAGAAAGCUUUGUCUCCCAUCAGGGGAGACUGUUCCUAUCCCUCCUGACAUGGUCAUGAUUUUUGAAGUGUUAGAUCUUUCGCAGGCAUCACCAGCAACAGUGUCACGAUGUGGGAUGGUCUACGUUGGGAGUGAAACCAUCACAUGGCACGUCAUCAUGCACUUCUGGCUACAUCAUAAUGCUAAGAUCCCAGAAGAAGACAAGAGUAAAACAGCCAAACCUGCAGUGAACGCGCCCAAUGGAAAACCUGGAGCUCUUGGACCCAAAAUGUCCAACGCCGGUCUAAAGGGAGCAGGAGCCAAGGGGCCUGGUCCAGGGGGGAGGCCUUCAAACGCAGGUCCAAAAGGCACUGGACCAGGCGCCAAGGGUGCCAAUGCUGCUGGUAAUGGAGAUUUACCAUGGUGGGACGAGUAUGGGGUCCUCCUGAGAGAUCUGGCUAACUGGCUCAUCCCACCGGCUCUCCAGUUCUUGAGGGAUAAUUGCCGUCAUUUGCUACCUGUUAAUCAAAUUUCACUUAUCAGGCCAGUGUUUCCCCUGACUGCUACGAUGGUUGACGAUGUCCUGCACGAUGAAUCCGUAUCUCAAAAGGAGAGAGGGAAACUUGGCCCUAUUUGGACGACUGCUGCCUUUCUCUUUUCCCUCACCUGGUCGUUAGCUGGCGCCCUGACGAAGGAGUCGAAAGAAGUCUUUAACACAUUUUACAGGAGACUUGUAAUGGGUUACAACAAGAACUUCCCAGCUCCAGAUUCCAUUGAGCAAAUAGGGUGUCCUUAUCCAGCAGAAGGAAGCGUGUUUGACGUUGUGUUUGAUGCCAAGCAAAGAUCCUUCUGGCGUCCGUGGACGGACAUCAUCAAGCACACAGAGAUACCAGAAACCACGAAGAUUGCCACACUCCUUGUUCCAACGAUAGAAUGUACCAGACUGGAGUAUUUGAUUGGGCUCUGCGGACGUUCCCUGGGUAAAGUGUUGGUUUUGGGUGAAGGACAAAGUGGAAGGAGGGUGACAAUGAAGCACCACCUUAGGAACCUAAAGUCUUCAGAAAACGAGACAGUCAUUCUGCCUGUAACUCCUGCUGCAGUUGCUCAGGAUAUAAAGAGUGUAGUGCUUGGUUAUACAGUUGAACGUGAAAGUGGAGGUUUUGGUGCCAAGGAGAAACGACGCCUUGCAAUAUUUGUUGAUGAUCUCCACUUAGCUGCUCAUGACCCCUACAACGCCCGCCCUGUUCACGAAGCACUUCGAGAGGCAAUGCAGAGGAAAGUUUGGAUUGAUAACGAUGGAACGACUAAAAAGCCCUUGGAAGACAUCAUAUGGUUCUGUGGGGCUUCGUUAUCACAAAGGGGAAAGCAGAAAAGAGGAGGAGAGGGGAAAGGAGGAAAAGAAGAUGAAGAAGGAGAUGGAGGAGGGGGCGGGAGCAUUAUAGAACCAAGAUGUCAAGCGGAAUUCAUGGCCAUCGCAGCUCCUUCCAUAGCCGAUGAAACCAUCUCCAAGAUUUUUACGACACAGCUCAACGUGUUCCUCAGGGCUGGAGGGUUUGUUCCAGAUGUGUUUACAGUUGUGGCUGGAAUCGUGUCUGGAACGAUGGAGAUUCUUCAACAUGUCAGGAAACUCCUCCCUCCAACUCCCUCCAACGCACACUACACCUUCAAUCUCUCCACGGCUGCCAAAGUCAUCCAUUCUGUCAGUUUUAUGAGGAAGGAAAAUAUGGAAACAAAGAGACAUUUUGUAAGAUUUUGGGUCCAUGAGAUAUACCGGGAAUUCUGUGAUCGACUAAUGGCUGCAGAGCAGGUCACAGGAAUCUACGACAUCAUUAUCAAGACAAUUAAAACUAACUUCAGGGACAAAAUUCAUGUUAUUUUUGAUAAGAUCUGUAAUGAUGAUGGCUCGGUGACAGAAGCCUGUAUGGAACGGGUUUGCUGGGGGAUUAUGGGUAAUGCUGACAUCCAGCCGAAAGAAAGGCGAUACGAGGAACUAAAUGAUGCCGCUCUUGUUCAGCAGAAUAUAAAUGUUUUCGUUCAGGAGUACAAUGGCGAUAACGCAACACCUCUCAAGCUUGUAACCUUCAGAUACGUUGUGGAACAUGUCUCCAGAGCGUGCCGUGCACUGUGUCGCAAAGGGGGACAUUUGCUUCUGGUGGGCGUAGGCGGCUCCGGGAGGCGCUCUCUGACACGUCUAGCCGCCCACAUAUGUGGUCAUAAACUCAUUUACCCGGAAAUUGAUGAUACAGAUGGUUACACAGAUUUGCGGUUGGCACUAAAGGAAGCGGUGAUAACUGCUGGAGUGGAGGAGCGCGCUACUGUCUUAUUGUUAGGAGACACUACCUUGCACCAUCCCCCCAUCCUUCACCUACUGAAUACUGUCAUCCUCACCGGUGAUAUCCCAAACGUGCUCCCUCCAGAGGAUCUCAGCUACUUGAUGGACAGGUUGAAGCUGUUUGCUGAGGACAGGGGCUCAAAUGAUGGUGACUUGUGGAAGGAGCUUAUCCAGAGGGUAGCAGAUUUGGUCCAUAUUGUCAUCACAACGCCUCCGUCUACGUCACUGACACAGAUUCUCUCCCAGUACCCUGCCUUCACGACUCGCCUCACGGUGGAUUACUAUAAGCCAUGGCCACAGGAAGCGCUGGUUAAAGUUGGUGAUCAUUACCUGACGGAGGUUCCUUUGAGGCGUUCCACUAAAGAUUCGGUCAUUGCUGCGGCCACAACCAUACAUCAGAAGGCUAGGAAGGUCAAUGAAGAGAUAAUAAGUAGUGGUAUCUGGUGCCCUUCAGUGACUCCAGCGAGCUACCUACAACUUCUGGAAGAAUUUCGUGGGCUCUUCACCACCCGACAAGCUCACACCUCUAAUCUCAAGAAGAAGUAUCUUUCUGGUCUAGAUAAACUCUCAUUUGCAGCAUCCCAGAUUUCAGUGAUGCAAGACUUGUUAGCUACAUUGGGCCCUCAGAUUGACGAAGCAGCUCGGGAUGUUUCGAGGAUGAUGACUCUUAUUGAAGAGGAAUCAUUGGAAGUUGAGGCUCGCCGUAAGCUUGUGCAGGUGGAAGAAGAAGAAGCCGGCGUUCAUGCGGCCAAUGCUCGGGCAUUGAAGGAGGAGUGUCAAGCAGAACUGAACCAAGCUUUGCCUGCCCUUUACGAGGCCAUCGAAGCCCUCAAUACAUUAAAGCCUGCUGACAUCACUGUAGUGAAGAGCAUGAAGAACCCACCAAAUGCCAUUAAACUAGUGAUGGCUGCAGUUUGCGUCAUGCUGGAAGUCAAGCCUGAAAAAGUGAAAAGCAACUCUGUUAAAAUAACUUUGGAUUAUUGGGGUCCAAGCAAACGCCUCCUGGGUGACCUGAGUUUCCUGCAACAACUUCGUGAGUAUGACAAAGACAACAUUGCCGAAGGAGUGAUGGACAAAAUCAACAGAGAAUAUGUGAAGCUUCCUGAGUUCGAUCCUGUAGCUGUGGCCAAGGCCUCCAGUGCUGCCGAGGGUCUUUGCAAAUGGGUGCGAGCAAUGGCAGCGUACGAUCACAUUAAUGGGAUUGUGGCCCCCAAAAGAGAGCGUUUAGUGAUGGCUGAAGAACAACUCGCCUCAAGGAUGGCCGAAGUGGAAGCCAAGAGAGGAGAGCUAAGGGAACUGGAGGAUAAAUUAGAGAUUCUCCAACGCCGGUUUUCUGUAUCUUGUCGAGAGAAGGAAAAACUGGAGAAUGAACAAAGGAUUUGUGGUCUCAAACUUGACAGAGCUCAGAAACUUAUAAGUGGACUAGGUGGGGAGAAGGAACGUUGGGAGGCUGCUGCUCAAGCUGCCUCAGAUGAUCUCCUACGGCUACCAGGAGAUACUCUGAUGGCUGCAGCAUCAUUGGCCUACUUGGCUCCUUAUCAGCCUGAAAUCAGAGACAGACUGCGAGAUGAAUGGUGCAAUGCCAUGAAAGAAUCUGAACUUGAAGUUUCCAUACCUUUCAAUUUGGUGUCAUUUUUGACACCCGCUCUUCACAUCCGUGCUUGGGGACUGGAAGGUCUACCUACUGAUGGCUUCUCUUUGCAAAAUGCUACGAUCAUUAAACACACCGUUAAAUGGCCACUUUUAGUUGACCCUGAUGAACUGGGAAGUCGGUGGAUUCAGCAACACGAGGCAGCCAAUGGACUGGAAGUAGUCAGAGAGCAGGAUAUGAACAUGCCAUCACCCAAGGACUCAGUUGGGACUGUACUUGAAGCUGCCCUUUCCCACUGUGUGCCCAGGGCUAUACCUCUCCUGUUGCUUGACCUUUCAGCAGACCCUCCAUCUAUCCUACAAAAUGUCAUUUCUCGUACUACUGUUGAAGAAGGCGGUGUCCGUGUUUAUCGAGUUGGAUCUUUAAUGCUGCGGUUCAAACCGGGUUUCCGUUUGUAUUUGGCCACUAGACAGCCCCGCCCACAUUUAUCUCUUGAGACGGCUGCCAACCUGACUGUGGUCAACUUCACCAUCACUGUCCAUGGUCUUCAUGACAACUUGAGGCAGAUACUUGUCACUAAAGAGCGCCCUGAGUUAGAGGAUGAACGUCAGAAAUUAGUUGCAACAACAUCCUCGCAUCAAAGAGCUUUACAAGACACCGAGGAGCGAAUUCUGCAGACGCUCUCCUCGGCACAGGGGGAUAUUUUGGAGUCUGAGGAGGCCAUCCAUAUUCUUCAAGAAACUAAGCAAAUGUCUGACGAGAUCAAGCGUAAGCAGGAGCAGUGUGUGGAGACAGAAGAAGCUCUCCUUUUGUGUUGCCAGCAGUAUGAGAAGGUAUCACGACCAGCAGCAGAUCUCUACAUGACCCUCACAAGUCUGUCCACCCUUUCUCCUAUGUACCAGUACUCUCUGUCCUGGUACAUUUCGCUUUACACAUCUGUUAUUGACAAUACGGGGAAGAGCUCAGUGCUGGAUCGACGUUUGGGUCUCCUGCAGGAGGCACUGGUAAUGCGGGUUCACUCCUCCGUGGUGAUGGGACUAGCUGCUUCUCACAGGCUUGUCUUUACCUUUUUGAUUGCUCUUCAUUCUCUGAGAGUCUCUGGAACGCUGAAGGAUCAGGAGGAGGUUAUGCUUCAACAAGUGGCAGCAAACACUACCUGCAAUGCUCCUCUCCCACCUCCUUCUCUGCAUUCAGACCUGGUUAAUGUUUGGCCUUCCCUAUAUCAUCUGCAAAUGCUUGAUGUUUUCAAAGGUUUAUCAGAGAGCCUGGAGCAAGAUGAAGAAAUUUGGCUGAAUCUUCUUAGUGUUGGUGCGCCUGAUAAAUCUGCUCUCCCACAACGGUGGCAACACGUGGAGCACAUUCCCUGGCUGAUUCUAGUAGCCAUACUCAGACCUGAUAAGGUAACUUGGUGUGUGAAGCUGAUCAUAGAUGAAGUUCUUGGCGAGGAAUUCUCAAGUCCACCACCACCUGACCUCAACAGGCUCCUAGAAUCUCCUGUUCUUAUCAAAACAGGUGCACGAACUCCGGCAAUCGCUCGUCCCCCAGAACCCCUCUUGCUGGUGACUUCCCCUGGGGUUGAUGCAUUGGAGGAGGUGAUGCUCCUGGCAUCCAAAAACCCUGAGGUUCCAGUCAAAAAUGUUUCCUUAGGUCAAGGUCAAUCAAGUGUAGCCGAAGAAGCUGUACGUCUUGGUGUUAAGGAAGGAGGAUGGAUUGUCUUAGAAAAUCUUCAUCAUGCAUUAGGAUGGUUACCCUUUCUGGCUAACAUGAUCAACACUAUCAGUGCUGGUGUCAACACAAGUUCUCGCAGUGCUAGUGGGGCUUUAAAUCCAAACUUCAGGCUCAUUCUUACUACGGAACCUGUUGAUGAGUUUCCAGUGUCCUUGUUGCGUGCAGUAGAAAAGGUCUAUGUGGACAACCCUGGUGAUGCUCAUCUGGCCCUAAAGGAAGCCAAUUUAGCUCUUAUCAGACAGGCUCAAUCCUUGUAUUUCGAUGAAGAAGAAUUUGAGCCCGAUGAUGAGUCUACUACCUACCGACUCCUGCAUGGCCUCUCCAUCUUCCAUACCAUUGUUAGCGAAAGAGGUCGUCAUGGCCACUUGGCUUGGGCAUCUACUCCAUCCUUUACCAUGACUGAUUUGAGCUUGGCAAUGAAUGUGGUGACGUGCAGCAUUGCUGAUGGUCACAUGGUAGACCUGGAGCUCCUCGAAUACCUCGUCAGUCAUGUGUUUUAUGGAGGUAGAGUCCUUAGUGCUGAGGAUCAGUUAGUAAUCAGCAGCAUUCUCAAAGAAAUCUUUGCUAUAUCUUUCAAAAUCCCUGAGAAAGAAAAAGGUGAAGGAGGCUCUGAUUCUUCACAUGAAGAUGGAUCAUCGGAUGAUAAACCUACUGGAGAAGGAGAGGACAAUGAUGAAGCAGGAUUGUCCAGACUUUUCCCAGAGACAAUUGACAGGCUUGAUGAUCUUCAAGAAUUUGUUUUGGUGGUCACUGGAUUAGAACGUCCACAGGUGUUUGGUCUUCCAGAUGGUGUACAGAGGGUGGAAGAGGGAGAGAGGGGGCGCCAUUUUCUUAAUGCCUUGGCAAUUGUUGCUGGUUCCCAAAUACGUCACCGAGCUAAAGAUAAAAGCAUGCUUACAGAGCUCAAGAUGCUCAAGAAAAUGCUUCCCAGAACUAUUGCUGGUGAGGAAGAACUCUUCCAAUGUGAAGAUCAAGAAAUGGCUGAUGUGCUCAAGAGAGAGAUUCAGAGGUACAACAAUAUUGUUAACAUCAUCACCAAUACUACGAGAGCUGCUAUACAAACGGCCUUGGGUACCUGCCGGUAUGAUGGAGGUGGAGAAGAGCUCACAUCAUCUCUACGCUUGGGUCAUACACCCACAUCUUGGGUAAAUCUGUGCCCUUAUCCAGCACAUGAAAACCUUCAACACUUUUUGAAUGACCUCCAUGCCAGAGUGAACUUUUUCAGGAACUGGCUUGAAAAUGGCUGUCCAACAUAUUUUUGGCUUGGUGCUUUUCAAUUCCUCCCCGCAUUUUUCACCACAGUUCUUCGACAAGCAGCCAGAGGAUCUUUGAGGCCCCUGCACCACUUUUCAUGGUCAUUCCAUCUAACCAACAUGCUUUGCCCUCAGCAAGCUCAUCUUCUACCUUCUGUGACUUUGGAUUCUGAGACAUCAAUGUCAGCAUCAGUAUCCAAGUCAGUGGAAGAGGGAGUAGAAGAAGAAGAAGAAGCCGAAGCAACAGAGAGGACCAGUGAAGACACAGCUGGAAAAGAUGCCGAUGGAUCAAGUCAGACUACAAUUGCCAGCACCGAAGAAGACGAAUAUGGCAAACCGAAGCUGCCACUGAAUUUGGAAGAAUCAAAGCAAAAGUGGUGUCAAUUAGGCCAUGAGGGUCUUUUGGUGUCUGGCCUUUGGCUUGUUGGGGCAUCUUGGAAUCCAGAUAGGAAUGAAUUAGAUGAAUGUACCUCACAAGAACUCAUUGAGAAGUUACCUCUGUUAAGUAUGGUGCCCGCAGCAGCAGUUGAAGUUGGCCCAUACACUUCAAGAGGAUUGACAUCAAAGUCAUCAACCUCUCGUUCUCAUCCUUCAACUCAUCGCCAGCAACAGCAGCCGCAGCAUCCUACUGCGUUUGCUGAAGAAGAAGAGGAGACCAUGGAGAGUGAUUCCUUGCCAACAGAGCGCCUCUCAACUCGGUUCACAGACGAAGCUCUCCGUCAUUUAAAAGAUGCUUCUCUUGAUCUUCAUCUUAGUGAAGAUCUCGCUAUUACAACUAGGGUUGAUGGACCCACGACUUCCAGAUCGAAGUGGUAUAAAUGUCCCGUAUAUGAGGGCGCACCUGGUAGUACCUCACGACCCCCAGUGCUAUCUGUUACCCUCCCUGCAGGACCCAAAGGUGCCCAACACUGGAUCCAAAGACGCGUCGCUAUCUAUUUAAGCCGUUGCUGAAGUUACCUCAAAAUCAGACUAAAAGUAAGAAAAAGCAUCAUACUGCAAGAUUACUAGGGUCUGCCCUGCUCCUUCCUUUUCCUGUACUGCACUUUUUACUAAAAUAUCUUAAUCUUCCUUCUCAACUUCAUUGCAGCCGCUCAUUUCCAAAGUGUCAGUUCCAUAAUAGUGACUGUGAUUCCCUGUCAUUUCCCUCUCUGCCCAAGUAGAGCCUUGGUGUUUGUGUUCACUGGUAAGAGGAACUUCAGAUUUUGAAGAUUUUGAUGGAACUAGAAAUUUCAUAUAAUUUUAUAUAAUUUAAAUGCAUUGGUUUAACAUUGUGAUUCUUAGGAGCUUUAAGUCCAGAAAGAUUUAAAACAGCGAAGAAAAGUUUUUGAUAACAAAAUGAAUGUUGUUUUCAGACGUUACAUUGGCUAUUCAGUUUUUAUUUAUGAGUAAAAUCAUUCUUUAUGAAAUACUGUAACAUUAGCGUUUUCAGAUUUUCAGAAUGAGAGAGAGAGAGAGAGAGAGAGAGAGAGAGAGAGAGAGAGAGAGAGAGAGAGAGAGAGAAUGGCCUCUUAGCUGAAUUUAUUAUUCUUUUUCAAUUCUUUGAUUCAAAGAAAGUUUUGUGUUAUUUGGAAAAUAAAAGAUCAGGCUCCCAAAUCAGACAAGUGCAAAUUUAUGAAUGUGUAUUAUCUUAAUGUCGCCAAAGAUGAAUGUUCUGAAAUGGAGUUUAUCACACAGCAGUUUAUGUUUUAAAAUAUACUGAAAUACUAGUGUUCUAUUGUAGAUUAAUAGAAAAUAUUUUUGAAAUGAACAUCUUUCAUGGUUAGUGAA